ACACGUGCGCGGAAGGAGCCAGCAGUAGCGGGCGGCAGAGCUGGCGUAAAGGGGACUGGGGGUAAAGAGGUCCGAUGGAAGGGUGGCGAAAGGGGGAGAGGGCCGGGCACGGCCCCUAGACGAAGGGCGGCGCGGAGGUUCGGGCUGGCUCUCCGCACGUCGGAUGCAGUCCUGGUCCCACAAGCCCUGGAUACGCGAGGUUUAGGUCGCAAUUGCCGUCAUGCUUAAAGCUGUGAUCCUGAUUGGAGGCCCUCAAAAGGGGACUCGCUUCAGGCCUUUAUCUUUUGAGGUGCCCAAACCCCUGUUUCCAGUGGCAGGGGUCCCUAUGAUCCAGCACCACAUUGAGGCCUGUGCCCAGGUCCCUGGGAUGCAGGAGAUUCUGCUCAUUGGCUUCUACCAACCUGACGAGCCACUUACCCGGUUCCUAGAAGCUGCACAGCAAGAGUUUAACCUUCCAGUCAGGUACCUGCAGGAAUUUGCGCCUCUGGGCACAGGAGGUGGUCUCUACCACUUCCGGGAUCAGAUCCUGGCUGGGGACCCUGAGGCCUUCUUCGUGCUCAACGCUGAUGUUUGCUCCGACUUCCCCUUGAGCGCUAUGUUGGCUGCCCACAGACACCAGCCUCACCCUUUCUUGCUCCUGGGCACCACGGCUAACAGGACACAGUCCCUCAACUAUGGCUGCAUCGUAGAGAAUCCACAGACGCACGAGGUUCUGCACUAUGUGGAGAAACCCAGCACGUUUGUUAGUGACAUCAUCAACUGCGGCAUCUACCUCUUUUCCCCGGAAGCCCUGAAGCCCCUACGGGAUGUCUUCCAGCGUAAUCAGCAGAAUGGGCGACUCUGCCUUCCUCUGGGGGAGGACUCUUCAGGCCUGUGGCGGGGGGCAGGCACCAUCCGCCUGGAACAGGACGUGUUCUCAGCCCUGGCUGGGCAGGGCCAGAUCUACGUGCACCUUAAUGACGGUAUCUGGAGCCAGAUCAAGUCUGCAGGCUCGGCCCUCUAUGCCUCCCGCCUCUAUCUGGGUCAGUACCAGUUCACUCACCCCGAACGCCUGGCCAAGCACAGCCCAGGCGGGCCGCUGAACCAGAUAUGGUUUGGGGCAUUUGCCUCCAGGUCCUCUCUUCUGCUUCUAGGAAACGUUUAUAUCCACCCAACGGCUAAGGUGGCCCCAUCAGCUGUGCUGGGCCCCAACGUCUCCAUUGGGGAGGGGGUGACUGUGGGCGAGGGCGUGCGGCUCCGAGAGAGCAUUGUCCUCCAUGGAGCCACACUGCAGGAGCACACAUGUGUGCUGCACAGCAUUGUGGGCUGGGGGAGCACUGUGGGGCGCUGGGCCCGCGUGGAGGGUACCCCCAAUGACCCCAAUCCCAACGACCCCCGGGCCCACAUGGACAGUGAGAGCCUCUUCAAGGAUGGGAAGCUGCUGCCUGCCAUCACCAUCCUGGGCUGCCGCGUCCGGAUCCCUGCUGAGGUGCUCAUCCUGAACUCGAUUGUUCUGCCACACAAGGAGCUGAGCCGAAGCUUUACCAACCAGAUCAUCCUCUGAAGGGGGCCGCCGAAGGCCCCCCAACUCCUACCCCUCCGGCCUCUGUCCAGAAUGGACCUGGGGAAGCCGGGCAGAAUCUUCACACACUGGGAGCAGCGUGGGUGGGUGGGUGGAGGACUCGGCCUCCCUCUCCGUUGCUCCCUAAUAAACCCCAUGAACCUUGGA